CAGGUAUUAAUCUCCCGCGCGUUGCUACAAGCGUCUGUGACCUGACGGAAGUAAUUCCUCCAACUGCCCCGGAACGCGCGGCGGCAGGCAGCUGGGGUGGGGGGGGGUGGCCCUGGUGUAGGGGCUGUGGCGGUGCGCGGGCGCCGGGUUGCGGUGGCUGUGGUGACUACGGGACGGACGAGAGGCUACUAAAGUUCCUGUUGAAGUGAAGUAGAAUUUAAUUUCAUAAGAGCAUAAUGGAUGGAGAGGAGAAAACUUAUGGUGGCUGUGAAGGCCCAGAUGCCAUGUAUGUCAAAUUGAUAUCUUCUGAUGGUCAUGAAUUCAUUGUAAAAAGAGAACAUGCGCUAACAUCAGGAACAAUAAAAGCCAUGUUGAGUGGCCCGGGUCAGUUUGCUGAGAAUGAAACCAAUGAGGUCAAUUUUAGAGAGAUCCCUUCACAUGUGCUAUCAAAAGUAUGCAUGUAUUUUACCUACAAGGUUCGCUACACUAACAGCUCCACCGAAAUUCCCGAAUUCCCAAUUGCACCUGAAAUUGCACUGGAACUGCUGAUGGCUGCGAACUUCUUAGAUUGUUAAAUAAAAUAAAUUAUAAUAAACUGUUAACUUUUUUCAGUAUUUAAUACCCAUAGUUCAAUUAGUAAUUUUUCGUAUAGCAUGUUGCCUGUAUGCAAUUGAACUAUAUAAAGUUCGUUGCAAAGCAGAUUAUCUUUUGUUCUUUUUGCAUAGCAAUCAGAGUUGAAAUUUGUUUGCUGCAUCAACAAAUUAAGGACAUUUUCACAAACUGAGGAAUAAACACAUUGCUGAUUUGUAGGUGGUUUUGCCUUAUCCUUUGGAUAUGAGUUUGAAAAUUAGAGCAGUGAUGAUGUAGUUAAAUGCUGAAAUUUAGGCAUAAAUGAGCAAAUUGUACAGGUAAAUAAAUAAUGGGGCUAAGUAUUUUUCUGUUUUUGGUGUUUUUUAAAAAACCUGAUCUUAUAGCCAUCAUUAACAUUAGUAGAGUUAGACAAGUAAUUGCAUUAUAGACAUGUUUAUAACUUAGCCAAAACAUUGAUUUUUAUAACUUCCAAAGACAUAAUAUUUGAAAUUUCUUAUGUGUCUUUUGAUAAACUGCAGUAUUGUUUAAA